GAAGACAUUACAUUCUGCACAGGAUUUCUGAGACAUAGACUGACAGAACCUGAACAUCUGCAAACAACAUGCUGCUCCAUCAGAGUCUCACCAUGCCUUGCCUGGCCCUCGUCUUGAUCAUCAUGUCCUUCUCAACAACAGGACAGGUCAGUGCAAAAUCUCUCAGCUGCUGCACCAAGGUUUCUACUGAGGAAAUCAAAGUGCCGAUUCUGAGCUACAAGUUCCAGCCUAAGAACCUGCCUUGUGUCGCUGCCUUCAUCUUUGAAACUGAAGCAGGUGAAAUAUGCAGUGCGCCAAGACAGGAGUGGGUACGCAAGACCAUCAGAGAACUCAGGAUGUUGACACUGCAGGCAAGAGGAAACAGCACAUCAACCACAGCAUCCCCGAUGACAACACCGCUUUAAAAGGCACCUUCAUGGCCCUGUGAUUUUGAUCAUGUAUUUAUUACGCUCUGAGGACCCAUAUUUACUAUCAUUGUGCCCACUCUUUGUAAUUGAGAUGUGAUGUGUAAUUUAUUGCACUGCUUGAAGGAAUUAACUUAUUCAUAACUUAUUCAUUGCAUUGUAUUCCUUUGAUCUUUAUUUGCACGUUGUAAUGGUUCACUUUUAUUAAUUAAAUAAUAUUAAUUGUAAUAGCAUAUUAUGUUAAAAUAAAUGAAUGAAUAUACAA